GGUGAUUGGCUGCUGCACAUGCGUCCCCGUCUCACAGGUUGCAAUAAAGCGUCGCGUCGCUCCAGCUCGGAAGCUCGGUCAGCGCUACAGUAGCAGAUUGCAGAGAUGAUCGCACAGAGAGUGGCAGUUUCACUUCUCGCCCUGAGCCUGGGGCUGGUGGUGAGUGGUUUCCCUGCCGAGCAGCCAGACAAUGGGAAGCACUGGGUCGUCAUUGUGGCCGGAUCUAAUGGCUGGUACAAUUACAGACAUCAGGCUGAUGUGUGCCAUGCAUAUCAGAUUGUCCAUAAGAACGGAAUUCCCGAUGAGCAGAUUGUGGUGAUGAUGUAUGAUGAUCUUGCUCAGAAUUCUGAUAACCCAACUCCAGGGGUGAUCAUAAACAGACCCAAUGGAACAGAUGUUUACAAAGGAGUGCUGAAGGACUACAUUGGUGAUGACGUGACCCCUCAGAACUUCCUGGCGGUGUUGAAGGGUGAUUCUGCUGGUGUGAAGGGAGGAUCUGGAAAAGUGCUGAAAAGUGGUCCAAAUGAUCAUGUGUUUGUGUAUUUCACCGAUCAUGGCGCACCAGGUCUGCUGGCCUUCCCUAAUGAUGAUCUUCUUGUAGAUGACCUGAUGAAAACCAUCAUGUACAUGCACCAAAACAACAAAUACAAGAAGAUGGUGUUGUAUAUUGAGGCCUGUGAAUCUGGCUCUAUGAUGAAGCCUCUGCCUGUUGACAUUAAUGUCUACGCUACAACCGCUGCCAACCCUGAUGAAUCCUCAUAUGCCUGUUACUAUGACGAGGCCAGAGACACCUACCUGGGAGACUGGUACAGUGUCAACUGGAUGGAAGACUCCGAUGUGGAGGAUCUGAGCAAAGAGACUUUGGCCAAGCAGUUCAAGAUCGUAAAGGCCAAAACCAACACUAGCCAUGUGAUGCAGUAUGGAAACAAGACGCUGUCCCACAUGAAGGUGCAGGCUUUCCAGGGUAACUCUAAAGGUCUUGAUAAAGUGGCCGAGCCGGUAUCGUUGCCUGUGAUCACUGAACAUGACCUCAUGAGCAGCCCUGAUGUACCCCUCGCAAUCAUGAAGAGAAAACUCGCCAAGUCUAAUGAUGUCGAGACUGUUGUUGGUCUCAUGAAUGACAUCCAUAAACAUCUACAGACGCGGGAGCUGCUUGGUAACACUAUGCAGAAGAUCGUGGAGCAUGUGGUCCAGGACAAAGAGGAAGUGAGGGAUUAUCUGGAUGGACGUGAAGAGCUCACACAGUAUGAAUGUUACAAAACCGCUGUCAAGCACUACAAGAAACACUGCUUCAACUGGCACCAGCAGGAGUAUGAAUACGCUCUGAGACACCUGUAUGCUUUAGUGAACCUGUGUGAGGGAGGAUACCAGGCCCAGAGAAUCACAGCAGCCAUGGAUGAUGUGUGUUACUUCAGGCAGUAGAAAUGUGAACAUGAGCCAAAGAGGAUUUUUUUUUUGGACGAACUACACGUUGCACAUAAGAACUUGACUAUGGAAGAAAUCUGUACACUGCUUUGAUUUGGAUCUUUUUGAAAAUUUUUCUUUUAAUGAGGAUUUGCACUUUUAAAAGUAAUAAUUGUGGAGUUUUACUGAUCUUUAUUUUGUUUUAAAAAAGAAAUAUGCUUUAAGAUACUGCCCGGCGAUUCCUGACAAACACUUUGGGCGGUUUACUUUUUAUAUCGUGUGUAUUUUUUAUUUUUUCUUCGUCGGAUGCCUCAUCAAUGAGAUUGACGGCUUUAGAAUGACACAAUGACUUAAAAAAAGAAUGAAAGCCAAGUUUUUGGCAUCUGUUAUGUUCACAAUAAAAAUAAGUUUAGCUUGGAAACCAAACUUUUAAAUGUCCAGUUCGAGAAUGAAAUCCAGUCUUACAGGAUAAAACACUAGCUAGACACAUUUAGCUACAUUUUUGCACAACCGUUUUUAUUUUUUUCUUAUUUUUUUUUAUAAGCCGGUGUUAAUCACCUUGUUUGCUGAGCCGUCAGUAUACCCAAUUUCUCUGCAGUAGUGAAUUCUAGAAGCUCUUGUUUGGAUAUUAAAUGCAAACCUAUCAAACUAAAGUGAAAACAAACUCUUCUACCUGAAGUUUGUGGUCAUAUUUAAGAAGUGUCUUAAAUAACUGAGAACCGCUGCACUUUGAGCAGUUAAUGAGCUACUGUGUUAAGUGUAAUGGUCGAAGUGUCAGGCUGUGCUAUUAUGUCAAAUGCCUUUUGUUUAGAGCAAAUUGAGUCCUCAAGCCACUGAACUAAAGGGAGGUGUGAUGUUUGCUGGAGAUUGAGCCCUGUAGGAAAAGUGACUUUGCACUGACAACAUGGGCUAAACAAUACUCUGAACUAUACUGUCAGACCUCUUUUCAAUAUAUAAUCUGUUAAGGUGUGAGUUUUGAUUAUAAAAUAAUAAACCUGAAUUGAGUGAAA